AUGGCAUCAACCACAUACACCCUCGAGCAGGUUAGAAGUCAUAACAAGAAAGACGAUGUCUGGAUUAUUUUGCACAAUAAAGUCUACAACAUCACUACUUAUCUCGAUGACCACCCAGGUGGUGUUCCUGUCUUGCUAGAAGUGGCUGGCUUAGAUGCCACUGAGGCCUUCGAGGAGAUCGGACACUCGGACGAAGCCCGCGAACUUCUCGAGCCAUAUCUGAUCGGAGCGCUUGCAGCUGAGGACCAAGCUGAAGCCAUUGAGGUGUACCGUCCGACCUUCGAGAAAGUCUCCCAGGUCGCUGCAGUCGACGUGCGCAAGCGACAGCGGUCCACCGUUGGGCUUUUAGUCAAAUCGCUCCUCGCGGCCGUUCCUCUCGGCCUAGCUGCUGGACUAGGGUAUAGUGCAUACAGCAAUGGGCUCGGGAUACUGCGCCAGCCUCAACUGUUCCUCCCGCAUCUCCUCCAAGAAAUCCAUCUUCCUUCUGGGACAACCUCCAAAUCCUCCUUCUGGUCCGGGGUGGGCAUUGGCAGCGCUCUCCAAAUCAGUCUGACCGGUGCUGUGACCGUCUGGCUCUCCACCAAGCUCGACGUCCAAGAGAGCUUCGCAUCCCACAAGCCCUACCGACCCACUCGCCCCGACACCCUAAUACUCAAAUCCGCUCUCAAAUCCACCCGCACUAUUCCCCGGAUCAGCACCUCAACCACCACAGCCACGCAACCCCUAGACCCCAAGCAAUGGCGUAAAUUCCAGCUCAUCCGCAAGGACCCUAUUGCCCCGAACGUCUACCACAUCGUAUUUGCCCUACCCCACCCAGACGACCGCCUCGGCCUCCCGACAGGCCAACACAUCGCCCUCCGCGCCACCAUCAACGGACAGAGCGUGUCCCGCUCCUACACCCCGAUCUCCAACAACAGCGACCUGGGCCGCGUCGAGCUUUUGAUCAAGGUCUACGACCAAGGACUGAUGACCCAGCACCUUGCCUCAAUGACUCUAGGCCAGGAGAUCGAGAUCCGCGGACCCAAGGGCGCAAUGAAGUUCACCCCGGAUUUCGCCCGCCACAUCGGCAUGAUUGCCGGCGGCACGGGCAUUACGCCCAUGUACCAGAUCAUCCGCGCAUCGCUGGAUGACCCGAGCAACGAGAUCCAGAUUACCUUGCUGUAUGCGAACAACAUGGAGGAGGAUAUCUUGCUCCGCAGGGAGCUCGACACCUAUGCCGCACGAUUCCCCGGAAGGUUCCGCGUGGAGUAUGUGCUCUCGCGGCCGGAGGGCACGUGGGACGGGAGGAAGGGGUUCGUGACGCAGGAGCUGAUCCAGGAGGCGUUCCCGGCGCCGGCUGCCGACACUCGGGUGUUUCUCUGCGGGCCGCCGCCGAUGAUUGAGGCGAUGAAGAAGAAUUUGGUGGUAUUAGGAUAUCAACUGCCUGGGGUUAUAUCGAAGGCGACGGAUCAGGUGUUUUUGUUUUGA